CUACUUUCAUGUUCACACUCUUCAUCGCUCCUUCCGAUCUAGGGUUUCAUGUUCUUCCACAUUGCCUCUUCUUGUUCUCCCUCGCUUGCGAUGUUUUUUUAGAAACCUCAAUACAACACACGCACACACUCAAACUAUUAUACGAACGCACUCAAAUAAUGCCUGUUACUGCUCUUCGUUGUUUUCCUCGAUUGAAGUAGCGAAGUUCUUAGUUGUGGGGAUGUUUUUUAUUGAAUUUGGCUAGGAGCUCUAGCAUUCACCGUAAGAAAAAGGAGGUAGCCGCCUGGGUUCAUGCCAUGGUGAGUGGGAGGUGCUCGACAGCAGCUCCGGCCAACUGACCAACGCUUAGCUCCUUGGAAGUAAUGAAAUUUUAGAACUGAAAGUCCCAAAUAGGAUCUCUUUACUUAUUUAUUUUUCACAUUAAAAAGUUUGGGAAUUUUCGAACUGGAGGGCCUGUGUCCGUUGGCAGUCGUCCGUGGAAUGCCCCUUGGUCGCUUCAAAAUCUUCCGGUCGCUUUCCGACUUGCGUGUAGCCUGUAUAUAUGAAAGGUCGUCCAAGCUGUGCUUGAGCUCUCCCGUAUUCCUUGGCCACAUAGUCAUAGAAUCCCAAUUCUUUCGUUCUUUCGCAUUUCUAUUCAUUCUUUGUAGCACAGUUUUUGUCAGGAAUCCUUCCAGGUCUUAUAGAUCACGGUGCUCUUGAAUCUUGCUGUAUCCUAAGAUCAGUGGCACAGGGAUCGUAGAGCAAGUUCUUGAUAUCCCAGGAGGAGCAAGAUCCUGGAAAUGUCAUUCUGCGCGGAUCUCGGCGCGCUCCGGCCGUCGCCGACCGACGUGCGGAUCGUCACGUCCGACGGGAUCAGCAUCGCUGCGCAUUCCUCCGUUCUUGCUGCGGCGUCGCCGGUGCUGGAGCGGAUGAUCGUGCGCGCGCGGCGAGGGUGGGACGCCGACUGCACCGUCCGCAUCCUCGGCGCCCCCUCCGACGCCGUCGUCGCCUUCCUCCGCUUCCUCUACUCCCAGCCCAGGGAGGCGGCGGAGGAGUGGGCGGAGGAUGCGGUGGGCGCGCAUGGGGCGGCGCUGCUGGCGCUGGCGCACGUGUACCGUGUGCCGUGGCUGAAGCGGCGCGCGGAGGCGGGCGUGGCGGCGCGGCUGACCGCGGAGCGCGCGGUGGACGCGCUGAAGCUGGCGGGCCUCUGCGACGCGCCGCGGCUGUACCAGGCGUGCGCGCGCCUCGCCGCCAAGGACCUGGACGCCGUGGAGCGGUCUGAGGGAUGGCGGUUCGCGGGCCGCCACGACGCCGCGCUCCAGCUCGACCUGCUCCGGCUCCUCCACGACGCCGACCAGAGAAAGGAGAGGUGGGAGAGGGAGCGCGCGUCCCAGCACGUGUACCGGCAGCUCAGCGACGCCAUGGCCUUCCUGGACCGCUUCUCCACUGGCGGAUCGUCGUGCGUCGGCGAAGGACGAGAAGCAGAAGCUUCUUCAUGUGACAGCGCAGCCAGCGUGCGCCGGGGGCUCGAGCAGCUCAUGAGGCACUUCGCCGCGUGCGGCAGGACCAGGAAGGCCGCCUCCUGCCCGCGCUGCAGGCGCGCCGUCCAGCUCCUCCGGCUCCACGCCUCCGUCUGCGACAGCGCCGGCGAGCCUUGCAGAGUUCCCUUGUGCAGCAACCUCAAGGCCAAGAUGCAAGAAGAGGGAGUGGACAAUACUUGGAAGCUUCUGGUGAAGAAGGUGAUCAGGGCUAGGGUGAUGUCUGCUUUGGCCAACAGAGAGGUGCCAGAGAUUGUGAAGAAAUCAUGGGCAAAACACAGCAGCAGAAAAGUUGCAAGAUUCGGAUAGAAAAAACAAGUGAUACAGGUACCGGAAAACAUAGUAUAAUAGCUCUGUAGAAGGCCAACUCAACCUGUUUGUAUGCCUUGGCUGUGUGAAUUUGCACCCAGCAAUUGUGUGUCCAAAGCCAGCAUAAUGCCUGCACAUUAUGUAGCAACGUCAAAUAAUAGUAGGAUGGAGCCAAAGUUCCAUUCAUAUUCAUUCUGUCAUUCAUGCAUUUCAAUAGAAAAUGAAUUCAUGGGUUGUAUACUUAGGAUAUAUUUGUUUUAUCUUUUACAAUGUAAAGUUAAAACAAACAGAUAAUUUUGUGUUAUAGUUUUUUACAAUC